AAUUGGAAAAAAACAAAGCGUUUAUUUAAAUAAACGAAGCUUCAGAUCUCUGUGGUUUACACAAUAGGCCCUAAAGUCUGCAAAACCGUUCGCCCUUUUUACCUGUGAGAAUCAAAAUAUCAAGACAAACACAAGUGAACUGCUCUACUGGCACAGAGUGGUUAAUAUUUAAAGCCCUCGGUGGAUUGUGGUUGCGUCGCUCUCCGUGGUGCUGAAGCGGUGAUUGACGGCCGUCGAGGACAGAGGCUCAGCACUGGGCUGCAUGCGUCUGUGUCGAUGUGUGAUUAUCAACCCGAGCUCAUGUGUUUCACAUUAGAGUUGGGGCAGAUUAAUUAAGCGAAAUUUUUAUCGUCGAUUUAAUCAAGCAUUCAAUUGCCUAGAUGAUAAAUCUUAGAAAUACUUCUUGUAACUAAAGUUGUAUUGCAAACGAGUAUUUUUUAUGCGGGCGGGGAUCAGAUUAACAGUUUGAAUCAAUGUUUUUUUUAUUAUUAUUAUUUAGAUGUAGGUCGUGCAGUACUUAAUCCAUUUGACAUGUUUAUUUUGUAUGUAUUUAUGUGAAUGUUCGGCUUUUACAAGGAUGUGCCCAUAGAACAGGCAACGGCUGUGUCAUCAUGCAGGUUUGUCUUUUCUUUUAUUUGCAUUUUGUUUGCUAAACCCCUCACUGUUACAUUUAGCCAGCGCUACACGUCUUUUUUUCGAUGCCUUGCAGUUUCUUGCAACCCAUUGUUGUAAUCUUUAAGGGCAGGGGAUCAAGAUUAUUAGAGUCACAAACAAAAUGACAUCGUUGCCAUGGCAACCGAUCAGUGUGUCUCCCCUAAACACACACACACACCGUAUUACUUAGCCAGCCAUAUUCGUGGCAAGGAUGAGAAAUAAUUUGAGAAACGAAACACUUGAAGCGAUCGGGAAUCAACGUAUCAAACCCUCAUCAACACCGUCUCGCUAAACCAAGAGACGCACUAUUCAGCGCAGCGGACCUCUGUGAGAACACCCGCCUCAUUCCACCGGUGUUUCGUGACAGGGUUGGAAUGUUCCUGUGUGCACACUUUGCAGGCGGCGUCGAUUAACGGCAACGUUAAGGAGCAACGGGAUGAAAAUGCAUGGCAUCGGUAUUCUGGGCGUUAUUGAAAAUAUAUGAGGGACUUCGAGGGUUAUCUCACCUGGAAUACUUUCACAGUAAAGAACGGUAACACGCAAACAAGUUUGUGCACGAUCAGUUGCCUAUCGCUAAAAACCGAUGCUUUCUCUGUAGUACGAACAUGGAAAGAAACGGCGUAGGUGAGAGAAAAACCUGGAAAGAUAUAAGUGACUAAAACUGUUGUUUUGUUACCAAAAGACUAGCCUAGAGUACUUCUACCAGCAGUAGAAAAGUGCUGAAACAGUUUGUGGAAAUAACAGGAUUUGUCAGCCAUCGUCGUCACUCAGGGUUAAGUGAGAUGUGAGACUGGGGGUGUUGUGAGGAGCCGGAGGAUGCAGUACAGAGGCACAUCGCUUGAUAACUGAACACUUCAUAACCGCCAGCGGAUUCCAAGAUCGACCCUGCAAAACAGUGAGGAAACAGCCAUGUCCACACCAUGGGAUUUAAAAUCAUUUCACCAAGAGCUUCAGCAAACCCUUUCAAAUGUUUCUCGGUCUCAAUGAAAACUAAGCUUAUCUUAAAAGCAAAUCUGUUGAGUGAACCUUAAGAAACUGGAAAGCGACUGGAAGGUUUUUACAUAGUCUCUCCCCUUGGAAAUUUCUAUUGUGAAGACAAUCAGCCUUGAAAACGUUUUACGUCUUUUCUGCCAUCAUCAGUUUGUGUGUGUGUGUGUGUCUGUGCCUACGGUUUAUUAUAUAUUCUGAAUACACAUCUUAAAUGCAAGUAGAUAGGACAACCAUUUUAUAUUCAAUGUGACUUAUAUAUUCAUACCUGAUUUCUUUUACCUAUUUUAGAUUUGCACACAGGAUUAUCCAUUUGGUAAUUGUUUACAUGCUUAAUGAGGAAACGCACACUCAUUGAAUCUCACUCCAUGAAUGAGAUACGGAACAAAAUCAGAAUGAUUCCUCACCAUACUGCCCUCGAACCCUCAAAGGAGUUCAACAUCCGGAGUAGUCCUGUUAACACGUAAACAAGUGCAGUACAACAAGAUCCAUUUCUGAGUUGUUGUUGUUGUUUGUUGUUGUUUUUUCACCAAGUGUAUGAAAAUUGUUUAUACUAGUUAAUAAUAGCAAACAUUCAGGGAGCAUUACAGGUCAGGGAAAUCUGCUCAAAGACUUAAGUGCCAUUGCUGAACGUAAAGAGUGCCCAAAUUAAAAAUAAUAAUAAUAAUAAUCAUUGUGAUCAGCAAAACAUUCGUUUACAUUUUAAAGAUGUUUACAGUUGCCCCUUUCUCUUAAAACAAAUCUUUCAUCCUGAUAAGUGCCAAAACUGGGAAUUAAACCUAAACACUUUUAUUGUAUACAGUAUACUACAUAAUUGCCUUCAUGUGUCAACGCUGAAUAUAGACACUAGAUAUUGAAGUAAUAGAAGGACAGUAACGAGAAGCCAUUUUGUUUGUCUGUGGAUAUCUGAAAAUGUAUAUUUUUCAAGAAAGGGAAUACCUCAAAAGGGAAUAUUUGCCUUGUUAAUACAUUCAAAACUGUCAGUUUAUUAAAUAAGUCUUUUUAAUUUCUGUUUAUACAACAACUAGCCGAUUGUGUGUUGCCUGCACCAAAUAUUGUCGGCAUUUGGAUUGUUUUCCAGCAAUGUGCUGGACGGAAGCACUGCAUGAUGAGAGACUGUGUGUUGUGUAACUCACCUCGAAGCUGAAAGCACAUCAGAAUAGUUAUUUUUCUCUCGCGCCGUCUUGGAGUGUGACCGUUCACGGCGCACACUUUUUAACAGACUUUGAAAACAGAUUUUCCUUUCAAGACUGUUUUCAUAAAGACCCAGAUUUCAUACGUCGGAGGGCUGCUACAAGAAUAUUUUACAUACGGCGCAAGGCAGACUGUUUUUACAAAAUUCAGCAUUGUGCGGUGGGUUGAGUCAGCGAGAGAAAAUAGCAGCGUUAGUCAUGUAAAGAUGAUGCCCACCUUGGAAGCUCGAGUGCGUGUCAUCAUUCUCUUUCUGCUAGUCGCUUUCCCACUUAACGCUUCUUCGGCGAGCGUCCCGGGCCCCACCAGAAACACACCAAAUGGGCCUAUCAUCAUUACCCCUACAUCCAACCCCAUAUCUCAGGGUAGGGGCUUUCUGUACCCCCUUUCUAAAAACGGUCGGGGCAUGCGAGGGAAGUCGAUGAAUCAUCGGCCAAAGGAGCCAGCUGGAGCGGAAAUGCCCCCCAGGCCGCUGCCUCAGAUAAUGCUGCCAAAGAAUGCAACGACUGAUGCACUGAAGGGACCUUUUAGAGCGGUGAAGGUACCUCCGCCUCCUCGCAAACUGGUGGAAGUGGAUGUUUGUCGGGGUUAUUAUGAUGUCAUGGGCCAGUAUGACAUCACCUUUAACUGCUCCAAGGAUGACUUCAUCUACUGCUGCGGGACCUGCCAUUAUAGAUUUUGUUGUCCGGACCGCUCUCGAAGGCUGGACCAGAACAUCUGCCACAACUACCAUUCCCCAGUGUGGGCCAAUACGGCCCCACCUGUGACCAGGCCCUCGCUGCCUGCCUACCCGGACCUCAACCGCAUCGAACAAAGCAACAACACGGUCUAUGUCAUCGGUGGAGUCAUUUCGUUUACAGUGGCGGUGGCAGUGGCCAUUAAAGUGGCGUUCCACAAGGCGUCACGGCAGCCUAGGAACAGGGAACUCAACAUGCCCAGGGCUCUUGUGGAAAUGCUGCGUCACCAGUCGAGUCCAGUUCAAGAGGGAGAGAGAAACAACAGUGUUGCCUUGGGAACUGGAGGAGGAGAGGGGACUCUUGGACGACCCCCGAAAAAUCUCUAUCCAACUCUACAGAGUAAAGAUAACCGACUGGGGAAUCUACAGCAUAACUUCAUCCAUACAACAGGUUCCAGUCCCAAACAUACAGCCACCAUUGAGUGUGGACAACAUAUGAAUAACAUGCAGCUGGCCACCGGUGGCACACUGAAGCCCAGUAAACAUACUAAUGCCAUGAAGCCCCAGCCGUCCUUCCAUCACUCUCUACAUAACCUGGCUCAGCUGCCGCCCUCGUAUGAAGCUGCCAUGAAGCCUGAGAUCAACAGAUACUCAUCUCUCAAACGUCUGGAGAAAGGAGGAUUGGAGGAAUAUUCAGGUUACUGUACCACCAAACGGAGGCCCAACAACGCUCCUCCUUCCUUUCAUUCCUCCCAGCAUCACCUUCCCUGGGGUGGUGACUACACGAUGGGGGGAAGAGGCACGCUUCCCAACCGUGGUACUCGUCCUCGAAUACCUCAUCCACAGUCUGCCCCAAGCCACACCCCGAAUCCUUACCCUCUGGAUCCACCGGAGUCGAAACAAAACCAGAACUAUGAUACGCUUUCCAAACCACCACGUCGUGUCAAAUCAACAGACCAACUCCUUGCCCUCUGUGACGGCAACACCUUAUCAAGGAUGUCGAAGAACCAGCAGCACCAAUACUACAAAGCCAUGGCCAAUUCAUCAAAGAAUACCAAUACGAACACCCUGAAGAAGUCCAAGGAGAGGCUGCUGAUGUCCCCAGACCAUCUAGAGGAGGAGGCAGGUGGGGAUGAGUACGACGGAAGCACGAUGGGUAUGGGAAUGAGCGACUACACGGCCCACACUGGUGGAGGUGGAAUGGUACCCACCUUGCCCCGUGUAAGCCACCAGAAAGCUCAAUCACAGCAGAAUGUUUGCGCCACACCAUCCCUCGACCGGCACCACAUGAUCAAGAUGAACUCGCACCCGACCUCAGGGCGAGAGCAGGAGCGGAAUUCGUCAGCAAUGUCAGGUCACCUGGGCGGAGGCGGGGCUGGAGGAGUGGGAUGGGGCGACAUGCCUGGAACAGGAGUUGUCAUGGGAACAGGGACUCUUAGUGGACACAGUGCCAGGAGGCUUGCAUUUGCAGCUAAAAGGCAAAAUACCAUUGAACAACUUCACUUCAUCCCUGGUGCAGGGGGAAGUGGAGGAGGAGUGGCAUCAAACCAAGGGGUUAGAACGGGAAGCAAGAAUGAGGUUACUGUGUGAACAAGAAGCUGGAGAGGGAAGGAGGGAAUGGAGAAUAUGGGUGAGUGAUAGACUGUGUGAAGAGUUGGAGGAUGGUAGAGGGACUGUGGGAGAGAGAGAGUGGGAGGAAGAGGGAGAGAAAUACCAAGAGAACAGAGAAAAGGAGUAGGAGGAUGGUAAAGGAAUAAGAGAAGCAGAUCUUAAAGUAGGGGGCCACGAAGUGGCACCAUAUUUUUUACAGAUAUAUAUUGUGUAUAUAGUGGCAAAUUCAUAAGAUAAGAUUAGAUAAGUUUUAAGUCAGGUUUGAUAGAGCUUCAAAGUUGUUGUGCUUUUUAUGUUCAUGAAAUUGCCGCUAUAAUUAUGAUCAAAGCUGCCAUAUACAACUAUUUAUUUGCGAAAAGUUUGCCUAUAAUCUACUGCAUAGAAUAUCAAUAGAGUGUAAUAUAAAUUCCACAUGAUGUGACAGAUGAACAAAAACAUUUUUCCUAUCUUUGUCAUGUUUUUAUCCUCAGAUAUUUCACAUUAUUACACUUUUCAUAUAUAGCUGCUAUGGAGAAAUAUAUUUCAGAGAAUGGCUUUCAUCUUAUAACUAAAAUGGAACUACUGGGAGACUAAUAUAAUAAUUAACGUCAGCAUUAAGUGGAACCAGAUGAAUAUGAGUUGAGCACUUAUCCCAACUGAUGAAUUGUAAACCUACUUACAGUUGGACAAACGUAAUGCUGGAUCUUAUCUCUUUUUAAACCCUAAUCCACUUCAACAUAAUGAGGAAGUGUGGCAGGGUUUUCACAGCAUAUGUCAAAAUGAAUGAAGAUGGAACAAUUUGAGGAGCAUAUCCAUAAACUCCUUUUGAAUACUGCGAGACAGAGAAAGCAAGCCUCACCAUUGUUUCACCUGCAUCUUAUUCAGUGUGAAUUUAACAUGGAUGUACCAAGUGAGUUUCUGUUAAUUUCUUUUUUUUUUUUUUUUAGGAAAUACUGAAAAUAGUACAUAAGUUUUAAAUUCUCAAGUCUGCCCUUCAGUACAUAACUGGAGAUUGCUUUGAACUAUUGAGGAAAGCCAUUCUGGGACACAAUUGGGCAGAAAAGCCCAGUAGAAUACCAAGAGAAAUGUCUGACAAUCAUCUUUUUUUUCCCCUUAAAAAGACUCAUUAAUGAUCAAUGGCACUUUGUUUGGAUACUGAGCCACCACUUUCUACAAUGUCCAAGUGCUGGGAUUUGUAAGGAAGAUUCAUCAUAAGGGACGCUGGACUACCAAAAGCACAAGAAUAAUACAUUAGAUUCCUGUAACACUGGCUCCUCUUAGGUAUACUGUGUCAAACGGUUCACCUCAAGCUAUUAAAUAUGGAUCUAAGAUGAAGAGAAUGACUCAAGAGUAAGAGCACUCAUCAAUGUAUUUCUAUGUUAUGGUAUUCUGGCAUAAAAUUAGUGCAUAACAUAGCAGUAUCAUUAUCUCGCUCAGGUGUGGGUUGACAUUUGCAUAAAGACAAACCUCCUGGACUGCUUUCUAAAUCUCCAUAUUGAAGCCAUGUGUAUAUGCUGUUAAAACGGAGACUCGAAUAGUUCGAGUAUAUGGGCAUGCCAGAACAGCUAACCUGUAUUUUUCAAUCUGCUGUUACUGAGAUAUGAACAUAACACGUCAUACCUGAUAUCUUCAUAACCAAUAAUGCUUAUCAAUAUUAAGGGCUAUACAACACACGUGCGUUAGUGGUACAGAUGUUACGCACAGCUUACUCAUUAUUCAUUGAUAAUCUCAUUAUUUAUAAAAAGAUAUUAACGUAGUAAGUAACUAUCACAAUGAAAAAUAUCAAUAUGAGGUUGUUCGCAAACAAGCUAGAUAUCAUUUACUGUACGAUUAUGAUCUCUGAGAAAUAGCACAGGUGUCAAGAAAACUCAUCUGACCAAUGAAAACAACAAUUUACAUUGUAAAACCACCAAGUGGUCAUUUUUUGUCAUUGACUUUAUAUCUCUUGGUUAAUUUUCACUGUAAUGAAACUGAACGUUAUAAGUUACAGCCUCCCAGUAAAAGUGUUAAGGAGUAGUUUAUAUCCCAUCAGCAUCAGGGGCAUUGGUGGUAACCCAUUCAUUUAACUUUUCACUGGAACUAGUGUGUAUCUUAAUGAAUUAUGAACAUGACAAUCUUCCUAACAGCUCUGUAAUACAUUGGUGUUUGUUAUUGUCAUUACUAUGCCAGUUAAUAUUAUGGUUAUUGGUGAACUUUCUUCUUGUUGUUAUGGUUAUAUUAUGAUUAUGAUGGUGAUUUUUUUUUUCCUCUGUGGUUUUAGUGUUAACUUGUUUUAGAUAUAUUUCUCAUGAAAUUCUUUUGAAAUUAUGAGUAGAAAAUAGAAGCACAAACUUUAAAGCCACAUUGUUUGCCAAUUCUUCAUGCAUUCCUAAUGAUGAGGAGUGCCUUCAAAAAUUUCUCAAUGUGAUGUCAUAUAGUAAUUGUUCUAAGCCUGCAAAUGCCAUUACUUGUUGCAGAGACAUCACAAUGGGUUUAUAAAUGAUGUCAUGGGAUGCAUGUUGUAUGUGUGUAACCAAAUGUCGUCUUUUGGUUGAUUAAGUGAAAUUUCAACUUUUUAAUGUUUCUUUCAGGGACAAUUAGAACAGCUGAAUCGAUUUCAUAUUUUCCUUGUCAUAACAAGUCUGUAGCAAUGUCUGUUUUGUAUCCACAAGCCAUAAUUAUGAAAAUGUUUAUGGAAUUUAUCCACAAGGCAUAUUACUGCAGAAAAUAACAAACAUUGGAUGUGCAAAUAAAGCCCUUAAGCAUUUUAAAAGGUUGGUAGCCUACAAUGGGAUGUGCAUUGGUUGCACACGCAAAGCAAGACUGAAACCCUGGGAAAACAGCAACGAGCUCAUGUCUUGCAAUAUCUAAGCACAGAAGCAGAAUGAAUGUUUGGGUAAAUUACUUUAAAUCAAGCAUUACUCUAAAUAUUUUACUUUCAUAACAAAUGCUCUCAAACCAGGUGUGUGUGUGUGUGUUAUAUAUAUA